AUGAAUCCCAGCAGAGGCUUAUGCAAUGGGACACGACUUCUUAUCAAAAAUUUACAUGAUAAUUUCAUAGAUUCUGAAAUAUUAUCAAGGACGCAUAAUGGCCAUCGCGUUUUUAUUCCUCGAAUUGAUCUUUCCCCGAGCGAUUCCCGGUUGCCUUUCAUAUUAAAAAGACGCCAAUUUCCUAUAAUUCCUGCUUUUGUUAUCACUAUAAACAAAAGUCAAGGUCAAACAUUCGACAAUGUCGGCCUCUUUCUUCCUGAACCUGUGUUUUCCCAUGGUCAGCUCUAUGUCGCUCUAACACGUUGCAGAUUUAAAAAAAUAAAAAUAUUACCUACAAAAUACCAGGGCACACUUUUGAAUGAUAAUAGAGUAUUUACUCUUAAUGUCGUAUAUCAGGACUUAUUUACGGCAAGUUACGAGCAAGGAAAUGAAAUCCAAAAAAACGACACUACAUCCACCAAAAACAUCAUAGACACGAUACCAUCAUCAUCAUCAUUAUUUACGGCAAGUUACGAGCAAGGAAAUGAAAUCAAAAAAACGACACUACAUCCACCAAAAACAUCAUAG